AACUCUUGUGCGCCUGCGCUUCAUUUCCCCCGUGGGCUGUGGGGCCGAAGUGCUGUCAUGGCGGACCCGGAGGCACCCGGCCGGUUGGAAAGAGGCACUGGAAAUCUAGGGGUACAGGAGGCGGCGGGUCCUGGAGGAGCCCUGGUGGAGCUCACCCCGACCCCCGGCGGCCUGGCUCUGGUGAGCCCCUACCACACCAACCGGGUCGGGGAUCCUUUAGACCUCGUGGCGCUCGCCGAGCAGGUGCAAAAGGCUGAUGAAUUCAUCCGAGCAAAUGCUACUAACAAGCUGACAGUCAUUGCUGAGCAAAUCCAACACUUGCAAGAACAAGCUAGGAAGGUACUGGAAGAUGCUCGCAGAGAUGCUGACUUGCACCACGUGGCUUGUAACAUGGUGAAAAAACCUGGCAGCAUUUACUAUCUUUACCAGCGGGAAAGUGGCCAGCAGUACUUUUCCAUCAUUUCUCCAGAGGAAUGGGGAGCAGGCCGUCCACAUGACUUCCUUGGUGCCUACAAGCUGCAGCAUGACUUGUCGUGGACUCCAUACGAAGACAUUGAGAAGCAAGAUGCUAAAAUUGCCAUGAUGGACAAGCUGCUGAACCAGCCCAUGGCCUUGCCCCCAUGCACUGAACCCAACUUCCAGGGACUAACUCAUUGAGACAAGGCCUGACCACCACCAACCAUCUCCUUGUCUGCAUUCUCUUCCUUGUGUGUGUGUGGGAGGCUCAUGAGGACUUUGGGUUUUGGGGUGAAUCAUGAACUUCUUGGAAGGAGAGCCUGGUGGAUGUAGACACUGUUUGCUGUCAGUUGGGAGGGUAAGGAGUCGCUGAACUCUUGUGGGAUCUUCCUGGGCCCACUGAUGCCCAGUCACUCGGUUUCAGAGGAUUAGCUAAUGCUCUCCUUCACCUCAGCACUGGGGAAGGAAGAGCCCUCUUCCUACAACAAGAUGGUGGGUCAUUUUCCUGUCUUUUGUGUCAGGUUGGUAUUGAAGCUGUCUACGUACGUGCUGUGCCAAUUUAAGGUUGAUUCAGGAAUUGCAGUGUUGCCUACGGAGGAUAAAAAGAAACAGACAACUUGG